UCCACUCAACAUUUUAUCUUCAACCAAACAUCACCUAAGCACACAUUUCUCAUAAUCUCUUAUUUUUCAAAUUUGUUAUUCUUUUCAAGAGCCAAUCAAGUUUCACCAUUCAUUGCAAAGAAUAGUGAUUGGCCCUAUGGCUUCUUCAUCAGCGUCAUCAGUUGCUAGUGGGAGCUGUUGUCUUAAGGAUACUAAACUUCCUGUUUCCAAAUCUUCUUCUUCUUCUUCUUCUGUAGCGUUCAAGAGAUACAUUUCGUGCUCUCUUCAAACCCCUUCGAUUCUUCAUUUGCCUAAGCAACAAUCACCGGCUUUCCCUCCGACGAAACACACUUCUUGUGAUGAUGAGAAAGCUCAAUCCCGGCAAUGGAAUUCUUUGCAAAAAGCGGCGGCUAUGGCUUUAGAUGCAGUAGAGAAUGCUUUAGUCUCUCACGAGCGUCAGCAUCCUUUGCCGAAAACAGCCGACCCCAGGGUUCAAAUUGCAGGUAACUUUGCUCCUGUUCCUGAGCAGCCAGUCAAGCAGAGACUUCCCGUUAUCGGUACAAUCCCGGAAUGUAUACAAGGAGUCUACGCUCGAAACGGAGCUAACCCGCUUCAUGAGCCGGUGGCCGGACACCAUUUCUUCGAUGGGGAUGGGAUGGUUCAUGCGGUUCAGUUCAAAAAUGGCUCGGCUAGCUACGCUUGUAGGUUCACCGAGACGAGCCGUCUUGUUCAAGAAAGAUCUUUCGGUCGUCCAGUUUUCCCUAAGGCUAUUGGUGAACUCCAUGGCCACUCAGGCAUAGCAAGACUGUUACUUUUCUACGCUCGUGGCUUAUUCGGACUAGUCGAUCCGAGCCAUGGGACCGGCGUUAGCAACGCCGGUCUUGUUUACUUCAACGGCCACCUCCUUGCGAUGUCGGAAGACGAUUUGCCUUACCAUGUUCGUAUCACACCGUCCGGUGACUUGAAAACCGUUGGCAGAUAUGAUUUUGAUAGCCAGUUAAAGUCUACAAUGAUUGCUCACCCCAAAGUUGAUCCACAAACGGGUGAACUCUUUGCUCUCAGCUAUGAUGUUAUCCAAAAACCAUAUCUUAAGUACUUUAAAUUCGCACCCAAUGGUUCGAAAUCACCCGAUGUCGAAAUCCCGGUCGACGGUCCGACAAUGAUGCACGAUUUUGCAAUCACCGAGAAUUUUGUGGUUAUCCCGGACCAGCAAGUAGUUUUCAAAUUGGGUGAAAUGAUUCACGGUGGUUCACCAGUUGUGUAUGACAAGAACAAGGUGGCAAGGUUUGGGGUAUUAGACAAGAAUGACAUUGAUGCUUCCCGGAUUAAAUGGAUUGAGGCACCUGAUUGCUUUUGUUUCCAUCUUUGGAAUGCAUGGGAAGAGUCGGAGACCAAUGAAGUCGUCGUGAUCGGCUCUUGCAUGACGCCACCGGAUUCGAUUUUCAACGAAUGCGAAGAGAAUCUCAAGAGCGUUCUCUCCGAAAUUCGAUUGAAUUUGAAGACCGGAAAGUCGACUCGUCGAGCCAUUAUUUCAGAAUCCGAGCAAGUGAAUUUGGAAGCAGGGAUGGUGAACAAGAACUUACUCGGAAGAAAAACUAAAUUCGCAUAUUUGGCACUAGCCGAGCCUUGGCCUAAAGUGUCGGGAUUCGCCAAAGUCGACCUCUCCACCGGAGAAGUUCAUAAAUAUAUCUACGGAGAUCAAAGAUACGGCGGCGAGCCUUUGUUCUUCCCUCGAAACCCGGAUUCUCCGAAUGAAGAUGACGGCUAUAUUCUAGCCUUCGUUCACGAUGAGAAGACAUGGAAAUCAGAGCUGCAAAUCGUGAAUGCCAUGGAUUUAAAGCUCGAAGCCACGGUUCAACUUCCGUCUCGAGUUCCAUACGGUUUUCAUGGAACAUUCAUAAUCUCAAAGGACUUGGAAAAGCAGGCCUAAAGUUCAUCAGCCAUUUUAGAUGAUUAAAAAGAAGAGAUUUACCAGAGGGAUGCUUUACACAUGAUUGUCCCCGGAAUCUCUUCCUCUGUUUUUAAAUCCUGUUUUUAGGGUUACUCCACUUCCAUAACUCUUUUUUUGUUACCAUUUUACAGUGAAAAAGAUUUAGGGAAACACAGCUCGUAGCUUUUGACUCGAAGCUCAGCUGGUUUCUGCAUAUUAUUUCACUUUGUGUUCAUUAAACAGUACAUAAAAUUACAGGAAAAAUAGUAUUUCCUCUGUAAUUCUCUGUUUCCUUGUGAAGACUUGAAAUUUACAGUACAUUUAUAUAUUUUUUA